AUGAAGGACGAAUUGCAACAGACACUAGCAUUGGCUACAAAGGAGAAACUUAAGCUAGAAGAAGAAUAUGGACGCAAAUUUAACCAAAUCCAGAAGAUGAUGAACUAUGUUAGGUCUCUUCAGCAACAGGUUCAAGAUACCCAGGAGCAGCAUGCCAAAAAUACACAGGCAGAAGAAUCUGAAAUAGAGGAAAAACUUAAAGAACUCCAAAAUGAGGUUGCUAGCAUUGAAUCAAUGCUUGCAAGGUUGAAGGAAGAAGAGAAUGCCUUAUCAGAAUGCGUGCAACAGACAAAUAGUGAAAUCAAAGAGAUAAAUGAAAUGAUUCAAAAUUAUGACAAGAAGCAUCGGGAGAUCUCAAAUACCAUCCGGGAGCUUCAGCGAAAUCAAACUAACAAGGUUACAGCUUUUGGUGGAGAUAGAGUGAUAAGCCUUCUACGCACAAUUGAGAGAUAUCAUCAGAGAUUCCAAAGCCCUCCAAUUGGUCCAAUUGGUGCUCAUUUGACUUUGAAUAAUGGCGAUGUCUGGGCUCUUGCUGUUGAACAUGCCAUUGGAAGGUUGCUCAAUGCUUUCAUUGUGACAAAUCAUAAAGACUCGCUUCUUCUAAGAACAUGUGCAAGGGAAGCAAACUACAGUGACCUUCAGAUUAUUAUAUAUGACUUUUCAUUACCAAGGUUAAAUAUACCGCCUCACAUGCUUCCACAGACAAGGCACCCAACUACUCUUUCUCUUCUUCAUUCUGAAAUUCAUACUGUUUUAAACGUGUUGGUAGAUAUGGGAAAUGUUGAAAGGCAAGUUCUCGUGAGAGAUUAUGAUGCGGGAAAAGCAAUUGUAUUUGACCAGAGGGUUUCAAAUUUGAAGGAGGUUUACACCUUAGAUGGCAGUAGGAUGUUUUCUCGUGGUUCUGUCCAGACAGUUCUUCCUCCCAAUAAGCGAGUUAGAACUGGUCGUCUCUGUAGUUCUUAUGAUGAUCAAAUUAAUGAGCUUAAAAGACAAGUAUUAAGUGUACAAGAAGAAGCUCAGCAGUGCAGAAGGAGGAAAAGGGAUGUAGAGGAAAAACUUCAGGAUCUUCAAGAGAAUCUCCGAAAUGUGAAGAGGAGAUGUGCAAAUGUGGACCGUGAUUUGACAUCUAAGAGACUAGCAAUUCAAGAUUUUGACAAUGCAUAUGCUGCUGAAGCUGGUACAUCACCUGCAUCAACUGUUGAUGAGCUGUAUCAAGAAAUUUCGAAAGUCCAAGUGGAGAUUCAAGAAAGGAAAAUGUCACUGGAAACAUUUCGAGUCAGAAUUGGUGAAGCUGAGGCAAAGACCAAUAAUCUUAAAGCAUCAUUUGAGAAUCUAUCUGAGUCAGCAAAAGGUGACAUUGAUGCCUUUGAGGAAGCAGAGAGAGAAAUGAUGGAGAUUGAACAAAAUCUAUGUUCUGCAGAAGAGGAGAAAGCUCAUUAUGAAGGUGUAAUGAAGAACAGGGUACUUAAGGAUAUCCAAGAUGCAGAAAAACACCAUCAGGAGCUUGAGAAUCUCCGCGAGGUAUCAUUUUUAGACUAUGGUUGCAUUCUGCAUUAA